GUGGGAACUCCUCUGUGGAGAGCUGGUCCCUGGCUUGUUGAGUAAAUGUUGAGCAGGCCUGCAGCUGACCUUCUCCACUGGUUCAAUUCUCCUGCACUUCUCCUGUAGCCCCUCAGGAGUUUGUGAGAAAGAAGAGCCUCCAGAGUCAGGACGGGAAGCCAGGGGAGCUUGGCCAUGGAUUUUUCAUCACAAGUGAGCAUUCAGGAGGUGACCUGCCCCAUCUGCCGGGAGCUCCUCAGAGAGCCCAUGAGCUUGGACUGUGGCCACAGCUUCUGCGCAGCCUGCAUCACUGCAAACAGUGAAUCAGGGAGCCCCGUAGGAUUGGAAUGCUGCUGUCCGGUUUGCCAGAGUAGAUACCAGCCUUGGAAACUCCUGUUUAAUUGGGAGCUGGCGGACACGGUGGAGAAAUUCAGAAACAUCAAUAUGAGUUCACACCUGUUGCAGAAUAAUGACUUUGAUGAGGACCAUGGGGAAAAUAAAUCUAUCUUCUGUGAGAAUGAGGAGGAGGCUGUUAGCAGUCUUUGUGACCAGGAGCACCAAGGUCACCAAAUGUCCCCCAGAGAGGAGGUGGUCAAAGAAUGCCAGGAGAAGAUCCAGGAAGCUCUGAAUAAGCUGACCCCUGAGCAGCAGGAAGCUGAGCAGUUGGAAGCUGACAUCAAUGAAGAGAAAGCUACUUGGGUGAACCGUAUGCAGACAGAGAGAGAGAGGAUUCUGCAGGGGUUUGAGGAAAUGAGAGGCAUCCUGGACAGAGAGGAGCAGAGGGAGCUGCAAAAGCUCGAGGAAGAUGAAGAGAAUGUGCUGGGUGACUUAACAGUGGCUAUAGACCAGGUGGUCCAGCAGAGGCAGUACCUGAGUGAGCUCGUCUCAGAUCUCCAGCGUCAUAUGUGUGAAUCCUCUCCAGAGAUGCUGCAGGACAUGAUUAACGUCAUAACAAGAAGCAAGAUCUACACCUUGAAGAAGCCAAAAAUUUUUCCCAAGAAACUGAAGAGUACAUUCCGAGUUCCAGAUCUCAGUGGGAUGCUGAAAAAUGUUAAAGAGCUGACAGAAGUCCAAAGCUACUGGGUGGACUUGAUGCUGCAUCCACUCAACACUCUUUCGAAUGUUGUCGUUUCUUCAGAUCGGAGAAAAGUGACAGUUCAAAAAUACUCUAUGUUUAGCAACGUAUAUCCAUGCAAUUUUUCUGCUUUUGAUGUCUUAGGCAGCCAAAAUUUCUUCUCAGGGAAAUAUUACUGGGAAGUUGAUGUGUCUGGAAAGAUUGCCUGGAUCCUGGGGGUAUACAGUGAACCAAGUAACUUCAACAGAGAAAAAAGCUCUGGGUUUGUUUUUAACCCAAAUGUAAAUUAUUCUAAUGUCUACACCAAAUUCAGACCGGGAAAUGGCUACUGGGUUAUAGGCUUACAGAAUGAGUCUGAGUACAAUGCCUUUGAGGACUCUCCCACCUCUGAUCCCAAGCUCUUGAUUCUUUCCAUGGCUGUUCCUCCCUGUCGAGUGGGGGUUUUCAUAGACUUUGAAGCAGGCACUGUCUCAUUUUUUAAUGUCACAAACCAAGGGUCGCUCAUCUAUAAGUUCUCUAAGUGUCGCUUUUCUCAGACUGUUUAUCCAUAUUUCAAUCCUUGGAACUGUCCGCGUCCCAUGACUCUGUGCCCGCCGGGCUCCUGAGCCCUCCCCUCCCUCCCCCACUCCCGCGUAGCCCCCCUUGUCCUGGGGCCCACCUCCUGCCCCUGAGCCAGCUGCUCCAUUCAGGCCAUCUCUGCCUUGCUGUGUCCCUUCUUCAGAGCUUUUAGUCAUUUUGGGGAUUUGCAGUGUUUCUGAUUUAGGUUAGAAGGGAAGCUUAUUUACUCAUUU